UCAAAAUCUACGCUCAAACCCCCCCUCCCGCUCUUUUUUCCCCGACGACGAUAACGACACCCUCGCCGGCCACCUGCGCCCCUCUCCUCGCAUCCCUCUCCCUAUUUGUGUCGAGAUCGUUCACGGCUCGCGACGGCGAGGCCGCGCGAGCUGGACACAUGAGCCUGCGGCCCGCGGUUGCCAAGGCCCGGCGAGGUCAGCCUCGAGCUCGCGAGCCGUGCAAAGCUCUGUGGUAGAGCAGAGCUCGGCCAUAGCCACUCGAUCUGGCCUUGAGUUGGAGCGGCAACGGCAGCACACGCGGUGCAGAGGGAAGACAUGGUGGUGAGUGUAUCGGGUCGAGUAAGCCUCUCGAACGGGGGAAAGAGCUUGACAAUUGUAGGUUUUUAGAUAAAUGCGAUGAGGCUAAUUAAUAUGGGAGGAAAAAUGAAGAUUCUUGUUUGUAAUUCUCCCUUCGUUGUUUUAUAUUUGUUCAUUUUCUUGCGUGAUUUUGAAGUGGAAACCAGCCAGAGCGAAAAUUCAUAACACAAAUGCGUCGUUUCGAGCAAGAAGCUGCACGACAGCACUCUGUAUUUUCAGCUAAAUUGAUGGUCUCGAUCAGGAUUGAUGCCGGUCUGUCUGUUUUUCAGAUGGAUGGUAGCCAGAAGGGACGUCCAUGCCUUCGAUUCUACAUGAACUGUGAGUGGAAUGGGGUCUAAUGCUUCAGAACCUGUAGAUUGAUGAUCGCCUUGAGAUCUUUGAUGAGGCAGGCUAGUUCUUCGCAUUUUGCAUCUUCAUCCUUUUAAUUUAACUGGACAAGAUUGAGUCUUUACACCGAGCAUUGUAGUAUACCCUGAAUCUGACGUGGGUCUGAGGAGUUGGCAUGAGAAACUUGAAGGAAGGGGAGGGCUCACGAGAUGCUUCCCCUCCGGUUUCAUCGGAGGAAGAUUUAUUGAAUGAAAAGAAGAGGUCUUUUGAUGCAGCAGAUGAUUUGGGUGUUCAAUCACGGAAGAAGCACAGGUCUGGUGAAAAUUCAAAAUCAGAUUUGGAAUCAGGUUCUGCUGCUUCGGACUGUCGUUGUGAGUCUGGUCUCUCCAAGGCAUCAGAUGGUGGAUCCCAUUUUGAUAAACGAGAUGGUAGUGGAAGUUCUGGAAAGCGGAGGUGGAGUAGUGGGGGCCUGCAAGUGGGGGAUGAAGAAGAAAGCGUAGAAGAUGAUAGGAACAAGAAACGACGAAAAACUAGGUGGUCUAGCUUUGAUACACGGAUAAAAUUGUUAGGACCCCUACAGCUUCCUGACUUCGUCAAAGAGAGUGUACUAAAAUCUGACUCCGACCCAGAAAUAGUUAAGCUGAAGGCAAAGCUUGCAGAUCUCAACAGUGAAUUGCAAAAGCCGGUGCUUCAUGAUGUUCGACCCGUGGAAAAGCGAUCCCCUUCUCCUGAGCCCGUGUACAAUGAUCUUGGCAUUAGAGUCAACACACGUGAAGUAAGGCUUCGGGAGGAACUCAUUAGGAAACGCCAAGGAAUUAUAUUGAAAUUGAUCCAGAUGCACCCGACUUUCAAGACUCCUCCAAGCCGCAAGCCGUCCAAACUCUUCAAGAAGCUUUACGUGCCAGUGAAGCAGUACCCAGGAUACAAUUUUGUUGGUCAUGUUCUUGGUCCUAGUGGUAAUACUCAAAAGAGAAUGGAGAAAGAAACCGGAGCAAGGAUUUCCUUGAGGGGUGCAGGCUCCUUCACGCGGGGGAAACAUGCCUCUGAAAAUGAUGACUUGCACGUCUACAUAGAGGCAGAUAAUCAAGAAUCUCUAGACACAGCAGCUGGAAUGGUUGAGAAGCUUCUGAUUCCGGUUGACGAGGGAAUGACCAAUCAUAAACGAGCCCAACUAAAGGAGUUUUCUACAUUGAAAAAUUUUUAUCCCAAGGCAAAAGGUCCAUGCUUUAUGUGUGGCAUGCAGAGGCAUCCAAAUCAUGGCCAUGCCUGUCCUGACCAGCCACCUGCUUCUACUUAUGUCUCCUGCAACACAUCCAGCAGCAAUGGAAAUCUCUAUGUCAGCCACUUGCCUCUGACAGUAGAUGAUGAUCGGUUGAAAGGGUUGUUCUGUCCUUAUGGCAAGCUUGUUGAAGCUAAAUUGAUUAGGGACCAUAACACAGGGGUUAGCAAAGGAUAUGGGUUUAUAAGAUUUGAAAAUCCCGCUGAUGCAGCCAUAGCUUCAUCACAACUAAAUGGGUUCAAGAUGGGGAAGAAGAUAUUGACCGUAAAAGUGGCCGGAAAAACAAAACUUGAUGAAUCAAUCUCUCCUAGUGUUGUGAGCCAGACAGCUUGGCUAGGUCCUCCGGGAUCAUUGCUUUUGGAGCCUCAGGGUUCCUGUGCAGCAAGCAUCACAAACCACACAACUCGGCCUGGUCCACCAGAAUCACUGCUUGUAGAAGCUUCAAUCUGCUCUACUCCAUGUGUUGCAAACCAGGUGGCUUGGCCUGGUCCACCUGGAUCGCAACUGGUGGAACACCAGGCUUCCUUUCUGGAGAGUGAAGCGAUGUCUGAUCUCCCUUCUCCGAAUCAGGACUUCAAAUUCACCCCAUCUAGUCUUCGAAGCCUCUCAAAUAGUAGUAAUACAAGUUCCCUCCGUUCAUCUAGCUGUUUUUCAGACUGUUUUCCAUCUUCAUCACCGUGUUCAUUGGCGCAGUUCCCUGGUCAUCCCGACUACCCUUACUCUAGCUCCUCAUUUGAAACUGUAUAUGAAAAUCCAAAAGAUUUCCAGACACCAGAUAGCCUUGUGAAACCAAUAAACUGGCCAACGGCUCCACGUCCAUCAUAGGCUUAGUGUGGUGUGUUGCUAUAUCAAAAACAUAUUGAGUAAAUAUGAGAUAAGUGCUUGUAUACUUCUUUGCGCUAUUUCGAACAACAGCCAAUGUACUCUGCAAAACCUUAAGAGAUUACAGUUAACAAUUUAGCUCACGCUUUGCUCU